UUGAGUGUUUUUCGCAUUGUUAAACUAUCUGGUUACUGAUUGUGCAUUUGUGAUUCUCAAUUUCACCUCUGCUUUUGAAUUUUUUUCGCUUAGUUGCUUUACGAAAUUUGAAGUUUGUAAUUCUUAGUUUCACCUCUGUUUUUGAAUGUUUGCUUAAUUGAUUCACGAUACUUCAAUUUAUCUUCGUUUCUUUGAAUUCUUGUGAAAUUCGAGAUUGUUGCUAUUUCAUUUGAUCCUUUGUUAUCUGAUUAUUGAUUGUGAUUCUCAAUCUGAGCUCUGUUUCUGAAUUUUUGCUCAAGUGAGUUGCAGAACUUCGUUUCUUUGGAUUAUAUUGAAACUCAAAAUGGAGUUAUUGCUGCGUCGUUUUAGUUUUUGUUUCCUGGUUAUCGCCUAUGUGAUUCUUUCUUGCGAAGCUACUACGGAUCAUCUCGACGUUUUAGCAUUACAAGACAUGUACAAUGCCCUAAAUAGGCCAAAGCAGCUGAAGGGGUGGAAGGCUGUAGGUGGAGACCCAUGCGAGCAAUCUUGGACUGGAGUUGAAUGCUCUGGUUCAUCCGUCAUUCAUAUCAAACUUCAUGGACUAGAACUCGAAGGUUUUCUGGGUAAUCAGCUAUUCAAUCUUCAUAGCUUGAAAAACUUGGAUAUUGGCUCAAAUAAAAUCGGAGGUGAAAUCCCAAAUGGCCUGCCACCUAAUGCGACCCACUUGAAUCUGUCAUCGAACAAGUUUUUACUGAGCAUUCCACAUUCCGUUUCUUACUUGAGAAGAUUGAGACAUCUGAAUCUUAGCCACAACUUGUUAUCUGGGCCCAUUGGAAGUGUAUUUGAAGGUCUUGAAAACUUGAAGGAGAUGGAUCUAUCAUAUAACAAAUUUAGCGGAGAUCUACCAAGCUCGUUUGCAUCUCUGAGAAAUCUUACCAACUUAUAUCUGCAAAACAAUGAGCUCACUGGUUCAGUGGUAUACCUGGCUGACCUAGAACUGACUGACCUGAACAUCCAAGACAACCAUUUCAGUGGCAUAAUCCCGCAACAUUUUCAGACUAUUCCGAAUUUAUGGAUUGGAGGCAAUAAUUUCAAUAAAGUGGGUGCUUACUCACCAUGGAAUUUCCCUUUUGACAAGGUCCCAAACGAGCAGAAUAUUAGUAGUCCCCCAAUCGCUGAGUCAAAUGCCAUAGAGAAUGAUCCUUCUCGGGAAAUGCAACACCACAAGAAAAAGAGGAAGACUUUAGGAAUAAUAGCAUUAGGAGUUGGUGGAACAGCCUUGGUCAUAACUCUUCUGGCACUUGCUAUUACUGUUCACAUUAAGCGAAAUCAUGUUCCUCAGCAUGAAAGCUUAAAUAGUAGCAGUAGGUCUAUGUGCUCCUUUCCAGUUAGCUCAACUGGAGAUCAAUCUCCUGGGAGAUAUGAUGAAAUCCCGCAGAUUUCAGCUGUCAAAACUGCACCUAUGGUCUUUCCCAGAACUAUACCUGCUGUUCGUGUGUCAACAAAAUUCCAAGAGCCCCCAAAUGCAAAGCUUUAUAGGAUAGCUGAACUCCAGUUUGCUACAAACAACUUUAGUGAAGAGAACUUUCUUGGAGAGGGAUCACUUGGUUCUGUUUACAAAGCAGAGUUUCCUGAUGAGCAGAUUUUAGUUGUAAAAAACAUAAACAUGGUAUCACUGUCUCUUCAUGAAGAGGAACAGUUUAUGGAUGUUGUACGUUGCACAUCCCGCUUGCAACACCCCAAUAUUAUACGUCUUGUAGGCUACUGUGUAGAGCAAGGACAGCAUUUCCUUGUAUAUGAGCAUGUGAAAGAUCUGACACUUGACAAAGCUCUGCAUUGUAAAAACUAUUUACCUCUCACCUGGGACCUCCGUAUCCAUAUAGCUCUUGGUGUAGCACAAGCCCUCGAAUAUAUGCAUUCCUUGUCGCCCCCCGUUGCACACUGCAAUCUGAAAGCCGCCAACAUAUUGCUAGAUGACAAGCUUAAGCCUAGAGUAUGUGACAGCGGACUUUCUGUACUGAGGCCUCUCUCUAGCAAUAGUGUCAAAGUCAAGGCUUCUGAGAUGGCUAUUACUGACUGUGGCUACAUUGCGCAAGACUAUGGGCAAACAGGAACAGAGAACAUAAAGACUGAUGUAUACGCCUUUGGUGUCUUGCUUCUUGAACUUUUAACCGGAAGAAGACCAUUUGAUAGUUCUCGACCAAUACAAGAGCAAUGUCUGAUAAAAUGGGCUUCAAGUAGGCUUCAUGAUUACGGCUCUCUUGAGGACAUGGUUGAUCCUAUUCUAAGAAGAUCAUUCACUGCAAAGGCCCUCUCUCGAUGUGCUGAUAUCAUAUCCUUAUGCGUGCAGCCAGAGAAAGAAUUCCGGCCUCGAAUGUUAGAGGUUGCUGAAGCUCUGACGAGAAUCAUGCCAAAGCCCGGGACAGAUAGUAUUGAACUGGAUGCCUUUGAAAAAUCAUUCCGGUCGACUAAUACUCGUUUUCUGAACUCUCCUGAGACAAAUUUCAUGCCUAUCUGACGUGGCCAGACUGGGAAAUUUAGAACUCGCCAGUCUGCUUAAAAAUAAGAUGCACAAAGCUACUUGCUUAAACAUAUAAGUCUUUCUGUAUGGACCAAGUAGGCUAGGACUCCACCAUACUGUAGUAAAAACCAACAAUAUUUCUUAAGUUUCUUGUAACUGUCUAAUUCUUUGGACAAGUUUGUUCUCCACAGUGAUCAAAAUCUCAUUCAGCUUUUGCGGAGUUUUUAUAGUCUACAAGUACCUGAGAAUGGAGUAAAAACAGAGUACUAAGUAACUGAUCAUGGAGCCUGAAUUAAUUUACAUGAAUCAGAUAUUCUGUUUAUGGUUA